CUGUAGCUUGCAACCCUGUCACUGCUGCGCAACUUUGCAUCUCACCAGCCACACGCUGACGAUCGAUUGGAUCGGAUCCGGGGUUGCACUCCUACGAAAACCGCAUUUGCCCUGCAAACCGCCCUGUCGUCAUGCGGAAAGACAUUUAAUCUUCACUCCACACCGCUCAUACGAUUGUGUAGCUGACAUUGAAGUCGAACAUCGAGCCAGCCUUCGUAUAUUGAUAUGAGUAUAUUGCCAACUCUGCGCCCCUCAAGGUCAUUGUCGCAGGAAUUGGAAACUAGCCCAUCAUGACGCGCAUGGUAGUCUAUGGCGUGGCGCUAUCCGUCUUUAUCGUUGCCACGCUAUUGACGAUUGUGUCCGUCCUCACGACUCACUGGCUCGACUACGAAAUCCAUAACAAAAACACCGACACGACGUUCAGACACACACUGGGUCUCCACCACAGUUGUUCGUCCUCGAGUGACCCGUCGUGUCGACCAUUCCCCGACGACGAUGAUUGCCGGGAAGAUAAGACCUUCUGCUCGUUGUGGCGCAGCUCUGGCUUCUUGCUGUCGUUCGCGACGGUAGUAGAGCUUGCAACGCUCGUCUCGUUCAUCGUAGUCAUGGCCGGCGGCAAGUUCAAGCGUGAGGAUGGCUGGAAGCUGGUCGCCGGACUACUACUUGCCGACUCGGCUGUUGAGUUUACGGGCAUGGGUAUUGUGGCGUACUUAUUCAAUCAUGACUCGCAGUUUAUCAUGUCCGGCUGGAGUCUCGGCUGGUCGUGGGUCCUCUGCACAGUCAGCGCCAGUGCAUCGUUCGUUGUUGCCGCUUCCCUGGCGAUAUCUGCUUGGGUGUUACCGUCGGAGGACGAUUAUGAGCCUUUGGGUGAUGGCAUCAACGAUAUAUAAGCUUCGAGACGACGCUA